AUGGGAGCCUGGACCUCGCGACGGCAGAUGACAGAAGCUCCGCGCGUGACUCUGGAAGCGCUGCCCCCGGAGCUGCUGGUGCAGAUGCUGAGCUACCUGCCUCCCCGCGCGUUGGUGACGCGCUGCCGGCCCGUGUGCCGAGUCUGGAGCGACGUGGUGGAUGAUCAGAGCGUGUGGCUGCUGCAGCUGGCCCGCGACCGCAGCGCGGAGGGCAGAGCCCUCUACGCCUUGGCUCAGCGCUGUCCGGACGCCGGUGACCGCCACGACGAGCUCCCAUCCGGCGCUCUAGCAGAGCGGUCGACCGCGAGGCCUCUGCUCCUGUAGGGUGCGAGCGAAUGCUUUUAUUCUGUCACGUUGUUUCCUACAGAGGGCUUCAGAGGCUGGGAGGUGGAGCACAGAGGGAAGGGCUGGGCUGUGGAAAAGAAUCUGACAGCGGUGCCAGGGCCUCCCUCCCAGACCUGCUUCAUGACUUUUUUUCAACGGUGCUUCAAGAGGCCUGUAGACCUGGUGAUGGAAGGAGUGUGGCAGGAGCUGCUGGACAGUGCCCAGAUUGGCAUAGCUGACUGGUGGGGCACCCAGGAGAACUGUGGCUGCAUCUACAGGCUUCAGGCCCGCCUACUGGGUGAAUAUGAAAAUGAAGUGGUCAAGUUCUCUGUUCACCCAGAAGAGGCACCAGCCUCACUCCAUCUCUCUCCCCCACAGGUCUCUCUUGUCUUCACUGACUUUGGCAAGGGCAUCCGUGUGUCUUUCAAGCAGUAUAGAAGAGACAUACAUUCCUGGCUGGGACACUACGGUGUCAUUGUGGCCCGCUCUAGUGUGUGGGUCAGGAUUCGUCAGUCCUAG